AUGAGCAGGGUCCCGACCACCCUGCUCAUCCGCCCUUUCCCUGCAGGCCGCUACUCGCAUGAGAUCACCAAGGAGGAGAUCGAGCAGUACUAUCACCUGCCCUGCGAGGAGGCCAGCAAGCAGCUGGGCAUCGGCCUCACAAUCCUCAAGCGCAUCUGCCGCCGCCUGGGCAUUGAGAAGUGA